AUGCCACCCAAGAAAUCGAAAUACGUAGAAUCCUCGGACUCGGACAAUUCGGCCGACGAAACUCCCGAUGUCCCGGAGCCAUUGGAGCCAGUAGAGGACGUUGAUGAGGAGAAAGUCAAUCGAUACCUAUUGAACUGUGACCCCAAGGUUGCCCGUGAACGUGAUGACGACGACUCGACCGUUCGGUUCAAAUAUCUUCUUGGACUUACGGAUCUCUUCCGUCACUUUAUAGAUAUCAAUAUGUCAAAGAACGCACAGUUCAAGAGAAUCAUCAAGAAGAUCGAUUCGCAGCGGAACUUUAAACAGGCGUCGAAAAAGAAGACCGCGCUGGGCCGCGGCCGUCGUAAAACAGAGAAAGAAGAAGAUGCGGAGCUUUUGGAAGAAGAGGAGCAUAUGGGUGACGAAGACGUCCAGAGAACUGUUCUUACCACCUCUCCUACGUACAUUCAGGGCGGAACGCUUCGAGAGUACCAGGUCCAAGGUUUGAACUGGCUCAUUUCUUUGUAUGAAAACAAGUUAUCGGGUAUUUUGGCCGACGAGAUGGGUCUAGGAAAGACUCUACAAACAAUUUCUUUCUUGGGAUAUUUGAGAUAUAUCAAGAACAUUGAGGGCCCUUUCAUUGUCAUUGUUCCUAAGUCGACCCUAGACAACUGGAAAAGAGAGUUUCAAAAGUGGACACCGGACGUUGAUGUUGUGGUGUUGCAAGGCAACAAAGAGGAGAGGGCAGAUAUUAUUCGAACGCGCUUGCUCGCGGCCAAAUUCGAUGUUUUGAUUACAUCGUUCGAGAUGGUCAUUCGUGAAAAGUCUCAGCUCAAAAAGUUUAGAUGGCAAUAUAUUGUCGUCGACGAAGCACACAGAAUCAAAAACGAAGCUUCUUCUCUCUCACAAAUCAUCCGUCUCUUCUACUCGAAAAACAGAUUGCUUAUUACAGGAACCCCAUUGCAGAAUAAUUUACAUGAGCUUUGGGCGCUUCUCAACUUCUUGCUACCUGAUGUUUUUGGUGACUCCGAAGUGUUUGACAGUUGGUUCGACAGCCAGACCGAAGAAAACAAAGAUCAAGAUCAAGUUGUCCUGCAACUUCACAAAGUUUUGAGUCCAUUUCUUCUCAGAAGAGUCAAAUCUGACGUGGAAACCUCUUUGCUUCCCAAAAUUGAAACAAAUGUCUACAUUGGUAUGGCGGAAAUGCAAAUCGACUGGUACAAAAAACUUUUGGAGAAAGACAUUGAUGCAGUAAACGGUGUUCUAGGCAAACGUGAAGGUAAAACACGUUUGCUUAACAUUGUCAUGCAGCUAAGGAAGUGUUGUAAUCAUCCAUACUUAUUUGAUGGUGCAGAGCCAGGGCCACCUUUCACGACAGAUGAGCACCUCGUGUUCAAUUCAGGAAAAAUGAUCAUUCUAGACAAAAUGCUCAAAAAAUUCAAGGAAAGUGGGUCAAGAGUGUUAAUCUUUUCUCAGAUGUCUAGACUCCUAGAUAUUCUCGAAGACUACUGUUAUCUUCGAGACUAUGAGUAUUGUCGACUCGAUGGUUCCACUUCUCACGAGGAGCGUAUUCAAGCUAUUGAUGACUAUAAUGCUCCAGAUUCAGACAAGUUUAUCUUUCUUUUAACCACUAGAGCGGGUGGAUUGGGUAUCAAUUUGACAUCAGCAGACGUGGUCAUCUUGUACGAUUCAGACUGGAAUCCUCAAGCUGAUUUGCAAGCAAUGGAUCGGGCUCAUAGAAUCGGUCAGAAGAAACAGGUGCAAGUCUUCAGAUUUGUCACGGAGCAUGCUAUUGAAGAGAAAGUUCUUGAAAGAGCUGCGCAAAAGUUACGUCUUGACCAGUUAGUCAUCCAACAAGGUAGACAAGCUUCUUCUAGUAUUGGUAACACAAAUGACGAUUUGUUAGGCAUGAUUCAACAUGGUGCAAAGGAAGUUUUCAACUCAAUGAGCGGAUCUUCAAUGCUUGAUGAUGAUAUCGAUGCAAUCUUAGCCAAAGGGCGCGAGAAGACCAAAUCACUUAAUGCUAAAUUCAACAAAUUGGGUCUAGACGAUUUACAGAACUUUACUUCCGACGCUUCGGUGUACGAAUGGAAUGGACAGAACUUUGCCAAACGCGAGAAUGAUGGUUUAGGUCUCACAUGGAUACACCCAACUAAGAGAGAACGUAAAGAGCAAACCUACUCGGUCGACAACUACUAUAAAGAUGUGUUAAAGAACCCUGCUGGAAAUAAGGGAGCACCACCUAGUAAAGUCAAGCAGCCAAAAGUAUAUCACGUACAGGACCAUCAAUUCUUCUCCCAAGAACUCAAGGACUUGCUCGAGAGAGAGCAACUUGCUUAUAAAAGAAGCGUCGGGUACGCUUACUCUAUUGACGAUUUUGGUGAUAGCGAUGAAGAUUUCCUCAAUUCGUCCGAUGAAAAAGACGAUAUGCCCAGAGAGGAGCGGCUCAAGUUGGAACAAAAGAAAAUACAAGAAGCGAAACCUCUUACAGAAGAAGAAACAAAACGGAAAGAGGAACUCUUGCUGGAAACGUUUGCUUCCUGGAGUCGCAGAGAUUUCACAAACUACAUCCAUGCAUGCGCGAAGUAUGGAAGAGAUUCUCUCAAAGAGGUUGCAGAAUCUCUCGGUCGAGAAUUAGACGAAGUGGAGAGAUAUACAAAGAAAUUCUGGCUGUCAAAAGAUGAGAUUGAAGGCUUCGAGAAGUAUGUUGCACAAAUUGAAGCAAGUGAACGUAAAGCAGCCAAACUCAUUAGACAACAAGAACUUUUGGCCAUGAAAAUACAGGAACUGGAUGAUCCUCUUGAUGAUUUGAGAAUUCACUAUCCACCCAACAACUCGAAGAGAGUCUUCUCCAAGUUAGAGGACCGUUUCAUGCUUAAUUGCGUCUACAAGUAUGGAAUAUUUGAUGAAAAUUUGGGAGAAAAGAUAAAAAAGGAUAUCACUGACAGUGAGCUUUUCCGCUUCGAUUGGUACAUUGCUUCCAGAACUCCUCAUGAAAUUGGACGCAGAGUCAACACUUUACUUCUUGCUCUUGCAAGAGAGAGUGAAAAUGGUAAUGCAAGGAAGAAAGCAAGACAAAACGGUUCCAGAGCAGACUCGGUGGAGCCCAAUACUCAAGAGAGUACUCCUGUUCCUUACACUGGUGCCAAGAGAGGCAGAAAGAAGAAAAUACGAGCUGAGAAUUGA